AGAUAUUUCGUUGCCGUUCUCUUCUUACGCAUUCCCCUUUUGGGACUUUUCCACUCUCUCUAACCUGCCUGGUCUGGUAUUUGUUUCCUUUUCGAACUUGCUAUUAUACAUUCCUUUCAACAGUGUUCCUAGUGAGCCAUUACCUUCUCUACACUGCUUGACGUUGUUGUACGAUAUAAAAUACAACAUCACGAUACUUUCGACACUCCUUCAUAGCAAGUCUAUCGAAUCGGAUCUUUUUCACUUUUAACUACUACGACUCCUUCACGACAUCGAACCACUCCAUUAUACAUUCUGGUCAUCACCAGCUUUUGAAACACCAUAACGAACCAUAUCUUGAAGAACGACAACUACAUAACAUCACUCAAAAUGCAUUUCUCAGCUGCCACCGUCACCGCCUCCCUCUUCACCUUCCUUUCCCUCGCCUCGGCUGGUGCCGUUCCCGCCUACCCAGGCUACAAAGUCAUCUGGUCCGACGAGUUCACGGGUGAUGCCGGCGCUACCCCAAGCCGCUCCAAGUGGAACUACGCCCUUGACACCAACACCAACAACGAACUCCAAGCCUACACCACCUCCAACCAGAACGUCCAACUCUCCGGCGGAAACACCGUCCAAUUCGUGCCCCGCAAGGACGCCUCCGGCAAAUGGACUUCAGGCCGUCUCGAAUCCCAAGCCACCUUCACCCCGUCGCCCAACCGCACCACCCUCGUCGAAGCCGCCAUCCGCUUCGGCGACGCCUCCAUCUUCCAAAAGCGUGGUCUCUGGCCUGCCUUCUGGAUGCUCGGCGACGCCAUCCACCACGGCACCCCGUGGCCGCACUGCGGCGAGCUCGACAUCAUGGAGACCGUCAACGGUCUGAUGACGGGCUACGGCACCGUCCACUGCGGCGGCGACGUAGCCCUGGGUGGGCCAUGCAACGAGCCCGUGGGCAUCCCGCAUACCGCGCUGCUGCUGGAUUACGGAUGGCACACGUGGAGCUUGUCGAUUGAUCGCAGCAAUCCCGGCGGCGAUUGGCGGGCGGAGAAGAUCAGUUGGAUGUUGGACGGCCAGGUGUUUGGAACCCUGACGGGCGCGGAGAUCAAUGAUGAGGGUGUGUGGGCGACACUGGCGCGGAGUCCGCUGUUUAUCAUUUUGAACUUGGCGGUUGGGGGUGAUUGGCCGGGCCAGCCGGAUGCGAACACGGCGGAUGGUUAUGGGAAUAUGAUGGAGGUGGAGUAUGUGGCUGUUAUGGAGGCUUAGAAGGCUUUAUUGGACCAUGAUGGACUGCAGCAGAACUCGACUUCUUUGGCAUCUAAGGGAAGUGGGGAUGAGACGUCGUCGUCAUCGUGGAAUGGCGGGCGGAGCUGGAAUCAGACUUCUCCGUCGGACGUCUGGUGCAGAUAACAUUGGCCAUAUCUACUGGCGUGUUGUUGACCAGGCUCGCCAUCAUUGAAGAAGAAGAAGACGAUGAACAUGAAGAAAGAGGAAGGAGGGGAAAACGGUCGCUGGCGCUUUGGAGUUUUUGGGUUUCACAUCACACACUCUUUUUUCCUCACUGCUAGAUACGCAGAGAUGGAUAGAUGGAUGAAGAAAAAUGACGGGUGGAAGUUUGCUCGUUUGGAUGCGUUUUUGCACCCAACAUAUAUUUUAUAUAUCUCACACGUACUUACCUAGCCAUGAUACCUCUUUGUCAUUUACGCACAACUAACACUACUUUUUUUUUG